AUGGCCUCACAGAAGGACCCAGACAAGAGCUGGGAGGAGAAGGAGCAUCUAGAGAUCAAUUUCGAGCAUCCCACGUGCAUACCCAAGGGAGAAGAUGAGGAGGAAGAAGUGGACUGGAUGGAGGAUGCUGCUGCUGAUGUGAAUGGUGACUAUGAGGAGGAUGAGUAUGAAGAGGAGGAUGACUAUGAAGAGGAGGCUAGUGAUGAGGAUGAAGGUGACCAAGUUGAGGAGGAGAAGGAAUGUGCAGAGGAGGGUGAAGCCAGAACAGGCCCCUCAGUGCCACCCAAGCAGCUGAAUUGGUGCUCUGAGUGUGGGCAGAGCUUCCCAUGUGGCUCAGAGCUGGUGAAGCACCACUGCCCCCGCCCUGGCCCCCGGCCCUUCAUCUGUGGUGACUGUGGCAAGAGGUUCAGACAGAGCUCCAUCCUCAUCCGACACUGCCUGACCCACACUGGAGAGAAACCUUUCACUUGUGCUGACUGUGGCCACAACUUUAGACAACGCUCUGAACUCACAAUCCACCGCCGCAUCCACACCGGGGAGAAGCCUUACAGCUGUGCUGAUUGCGGUCAGAGCUUCAGACAUAGCUCUGCCCUCACCAACCAUCGCCGUGCCCACACUGGUGAGAGGCCGUACAGCUGUGAUGACUGCGGCAAGAGCUUCACUCGCAUGUCUUCCCUCUGGCAGCACCGCAGUGUGCACAGCAGUGAGAAGUCCUUCACCUGCAGGGACUGUGGCAAGAGCUUCAGUCGCAGUUCCACACUCAUCAUCCACCGCCGCAUCCACACGAGAGAGAAACUGUUCCCCUGUGCUGAGUGCGGCAAGAGCUUCACCACGAGCACUUUAUUGAUCCAGCACCAACUCAUCCACAGAGGUGACAAACCAUACUGCUGUGCCCACUGCGGCAAGAGCUUUGGCCGCAGCUCCGACCUAACCAAUCACCACCGCACACACACAGGAGAGAGGCCUUACAGCUGUGCUGACUGUGGCAAGAGUUUCACUCAGAAAUCUUCUCUCACCCGGCACCGCAGUGUGCACAGCACUGGGAAGUCCUUCACCUGCAGGGACUGUGGCAAGAGCUUCAAAACCACCUCCAGUCUCACCAUCCACCGCCGUGUCCACACCGGAGAGAAGUUGUUCCCCUGUGCUGAGUGCAGCAAGAGCUUCACCACGAGCACUGCGUUCAUCCAGCAUCAACUCAUCCACAGCGGUGACAAACCGUACAGCUGUGCCGACUGCGGCAAGAGCUUCACCUGCAUCUCCUACCUCUCCAGGCACCGUCGUGUGCACAUGGGUGAGAAAGCUUUCACCUGUGCUGACUGCGGCCAGAGCUUCAGCAGCAGCUCCUAUCUAACCAAGCAUCGCCUCAGCCACACCAGUGGCCAGCCCCCAGAGCAGGGGAGGUACAAAUAGAUCUA